AUGGGCAACACACAGGCCAAUGUAGGAGACGUUACCGAUGAAGAAAUGAAUGAGACUAUUCCGGGGACUAAUCCAUUAAACUUCUGCUCGUCCCACGUGAUCCCUUUGCCGUUAAACUUUUUUUGCCAAACUUGUUCUAUACCAAUUUGUCGUGACUGUAUUGCUCUUGAACAUUUAAGUUCUAAUGGUCAUGAGAUCAGAAACCUCAGGCAGGUAUUAGAAUCCAGCGUUGACCUCUUUAGAAACCUCGACGAAACUAUGAGCCACAAUCUUUCCAGCCUGCAGAGCGGUACCUCAGAGCUUGUAGGACGGGUAGAAACUCAAGUGCCCAAUAGAGAUUCCUUGGAACUUGUCAUUAACGAAACGUUCAAUGGAUAUGAAGAGAUGCUAAAUCAAAGGAAGAGGAUACUGCUGGAAGAGCUGGUCAAUCGAAUAGCAGAAAGGCCUAACCAAAUGCAGUCUGAAAUCACCAGGUCGCAACAAACUGCUGAAUUUAUAUCCAUUAGUCUUCAAAAUUUCAGAUCAGCCCAAGAGACUCUAGACUAUCGUAAGAUAUUUGAUACAUAUCAAAAGCUUCAAAACAGCACGCAGGUUCUAACUGAAAGAUCCAUAGCUCAGUCUCAGCUGUUGAAUCCAAUCUCAUUUGUCAAUACUGGAGAAACCGAUUUUGUUCAAGCUAUACAGAAUCUUGGAGAGAUAUCGGAAUGA